AUGGCGUGGGGAAGGCCUGGUAGAAUGGAGGCGGGAGGAGGCGGAAUCCCUUCCCUGCAGGCAGCCGGGCGGCCCCGCGCGGGGCUGCUGCUCGGGCCGCCGCCCUCGGCCUGCCGAGAGGAGGCGCAGUCGUGCGGAUCGCACGGAGAUGCUAAAACGGAACAAAAACCUGGUGAGAAAAAGAGGGGAGUGAAGAGACAACGUGAAGACCAUGGCCGUGGAUAUUUUGAGUACAUUGAGGAAAAUAAGUACAGCAGGGCCAAGUCCCCUCAACCACCUGUUGAAGAAGAAGACGAACAUUUUGAUGACACAGUGGUUUGUCUUGAUACUUAUAACUGUGACCUGCAUUUUAAAAUCUCAAGAGACCGGUUUAGCGCUUCCUCUCUGACCAUGGAAAGCUUUGCUUUCCUCUGGGCUGGAGGGAGAGCCUCCUAUGGUGUUUCUAAAGGCAAAGUCUGCUUUGAGAUGAAGGUUACAGAAAAGAUUCCUGUUAAACACCUGUAUACAAAAGACAUUGACAUACAUGAAGUGCGAGUUGGCUGGUCACUGAACACAAGUGGAAUGUUGCUUGGUGAAGAAGAAUUUUCUUAUGGGUAUUCUCUAAAAGGAAUAAAGACAUGCAAUUGUGAGACUGAAGACUUUGGUGAGAAGUUUGAUGAAAAUGAUGUGAUUGGAUGUUUUGCUAAUUUUGAUGGUGAAGAAGUGGAACUCUCAUACUCAAAGAAUGGACAAGAGCUUGGUGUUGCAUUCAAAAUAAGUAAGGAAGUUCUUGAUGGGCGGCCACUCUUCCCACAUGUUCUCUGCCAUAACUGUGCGGUUGAGUUCAACUUUGGUCAGAAGGAGGAACCUUACUUUCCUGUACCUGAAGAGUAUACCUUCAUCCAGAAGGUCCCUCUGGAGGAUAGAGUCCGAGGACCAAAGGGACCUGAGCAAAAGAAAGAUUGUGAGGUGGUGAUGAUGAUUGGCUUGCCUGGAGCUGGCAAGACUACAUGGGUUACCAAACAUGCAGCAGCAAAUCCUGGGAAAUACAACAUUCUUGGGACAAAUACUAUUAUGGACAAAAUGAUGGUUGCAGGUUUUAAGCGGCAGAUGGCGGACACUGGAAAACUUAACACACUGUUGCAGAGAGCUCCACAGUGUCUUGGAAAGUUCAUUGAGAUUGCAGCUCGUAAGAAGCGGAAUUUCAUUUUGGAUCAGACAAAUGUGUCUGCAGCUGCGCAGAGGAGAAAAAUGUGCCUGUUUGCAGGCUUCCAGCGCAAAGCAGUUGUUGUUUGCCCAAAAGAUGAAGACUACAAGCAAAGAACACAAAAGAAGGCAGAGGUGGAGGGAAAAGAUCUUCCAGAGCAUGCAGUUCUCAAAAUGAAAGGGAACUUCACACUGCCAGAGGUAGCAGAAUGUUUUGAUGAAAUAAUCUAUGUAGAGUUGCAAAAAGAAGAAGCUCAGAAGCUUUUGGAACAAUAUAAAGAAGAAAGUAAGAAAUCUCUUCCACCGGAAAAGAAGCAGAACACUGGCUCAAAGAAGAACAAGAAGAGCAAUAAAAAUCAAUUUAAUAGGGGUCAGAGAGGUCGUGGAGGAUUCAACAUGCGGGGCAAUUUCAGAGGAGGAGUCCCUGGCAAUCGUGGUGGAUACAACAGGAGAGGAGGCAACAUGCCUCAGCGAGGUGGUGGAGGUGGCGGAGGUGGUGGUGGCAGCAGCGGUGCAAUUGGCUACCCAUAUCCUCGCGGCCCUGUCUUUCCAAGCAGAGGUGGCUACUCAAACAGAGGAAACUAUAACAGAGGUGGAAUGCCCAACAGGGGAAACUACAACCAGAACUUCAGAGGAAGGGGAAAUAAUCGUGGCUACAAAAACCAAUCUCAGGGCUACAACCAGUGGCAGCAGGGUCAAUUCUGGGGUCAGAAGCCAUGGAGUCAGCAUUAUCACCAAGGAUAUUAUUGAAUACCCAAAUAAAUGAACUGAUACAUAUUUCUCCAAAACCUUCACAAGAAGUCGACUGUUUUCUUUAGUAGGCUAACUUUUUAAACAUUCCACAAGAGGAAGUGCCUGCGGGUUCCUUUUUUAGAAGCUUUGUGGGUUGAUUUUUUUCUUUUCUUUUUUUGUACAUUUUUAAUUGCAGUUUUAAAGUGAUUCGUAAGAGAACCUCAGCAUUGUGCACGAUAAGAGAAUGUGUCAGUAUUUCAGGGUUCUACAUUUUAUCUGUAAAAUGUGACUUUUUUUUUACCACAACAAAAGUAAAACGUUGCUUUGUACCUGGUGUCUUUUUAUUAAAGAAUUUUCUCCUUUUUCCCCAUCCCCCAAUUUCUAAGAAACAGUCGUGAGUCAUGUCACAAUAUGAUCGAAAUGUUAGCAACCAGAUUCGUACGGAGGCUCCUUAGUAGCCCUCAUGAAUACCAUGAGAUCAUGUAAAGCUCCAUAUUACACUCCAUCCUCUCUACGAAGCUUCUGGGUGGGGAGGGGAAGAGGGGGAGGUGAAAGUUUCUGGCAAUAACUAGGACUUUUUUGUAACAUUUGGAACUCAAUGAGAUGUUGGGGGCAAAGAGGAAACCUGGGGCUAAAUAGUGAAGGUGGAGUGUAUGUAGAAGCUCUUUAAGUUGUAAAACUUGGUUGCAUUAUUUGUGGAGGCUCAAACUUGUGAAGGUACAACACCAUAAUUUCUUUUCCAUUUGUUCUGCAUUUUGAUUCUGAAAAGAAGCUGGCUUUGCCCAUUUCUUAUUAAACAAAACUUGUUGUAAAUCCAGUUGUCUAAUGGGAUCUAUAUGAAGUUAGCUGUGUGUCUGUAUAACUUUUUCCCCACAAAAUACUGUAUACCUAGUGUGCUUGUAGUAGUUACUCCACCAUUUUGUAAGCUAAUGAAACUGUGAGUCACCCAUUUUAUAUCUAAUUUUUAAUCAUGUCAAUUCUCAAAUGGGUGUAUCUCCUCAGCCUGCUGAUUCCUUUUCUCUUUAAAGAAAGUGGGUGGAGAAAUUUAACUCUAGACGUUUGUUUGCAAUAAAAUAAAUUCAUUUUACUCUUGUUUUGGGAUUGUUGCCAUCAAGGUCUAAAAUCCCUUUAAGGCUAUAAAGAGGAAGAGAAUGUAUGAAAGCGAUAAUGUUGGACAGUUUUAAACUCAUUACUCUGUACAUGCUGAAAUACUUGUGUUUCUUUAAAAAUCUAAAUUGGUGGUUGCUCUGUUA